GCCAUAGAAUGACGUUUUAGCGCAUAAGCGCUGAAAGCGACGCAGCCAGUGUUAAAAGUGCAAGCAACGCGAUUUGUGUUUAGUGAGCGUUCUGCUGAAUGCAGGUAAUGUAUGGUAGUGCGUCAUUUCGCGCGUUUCUGUCAGAAGUAAUCUCGCUUUGUGUGUGUGAGAAACAUUGGAGCUCGUUUUACGACGGAUCACUUGGACAGUGUGAUUACGGAACUGCGCCACAAAAUUCUGCCUUUUUCCUGUGAUCGAAUAUUCGUGAAAUCAACGUCAUGUGGUCGGACAAUCAACCAGACGGCCAGAAUUAUACUCUAAUGCGCGAGGAUGAUAUUGGUGACGCAUUUGGUUGUCCUAGGAAUAACGGUCCUCCUAUACCACUCUUACAAGCACCUACAGAACGCUAUGCUACUCACUAUAACAUGAAUCAUCCCAAACGUGGCGUAGCCAUCAUUUUUAAUCAUGAGUUUUUCACUGUCUCAAAUCUUAAAAGUCGCAAUGGUACGAAUGUUGAUUGUGAUAAUCUAAGCAUUACGCUGAAAAAUCUUGGUUUUGAAGUAAACGAAUUUCAUAACUCAACUCACAAAGAUAUAAUGAAGAAUUUAGAUAGGGUUGCAAAAAUGGAUCAUUCAGAACACGAUUGUCUAGUAGUGGCUGUACUAAGUCACGGUGAUCUUGGACUGAUUUAUGCUCAUGAUACUAUGUACAAAGCUGAUAAUCUUUGGCAAAAUUUCACCGCUGAUAAAUGUCCAUCUCUAGCUGGCAAACCCAAGAUGUUCUUCAUACAAGCCUGUCAAGGUGAUAGACUGGAUGGAGGUGUUACUCUGAAGGAACGUACUGAAACAGAUGGACUACCAAAUACAACAUUCCGUAUCCCAAAUCAAGCAGAUUUUCUGAUUGCUUAUUCAACAAUACCUGGUUUUUAUUCCUGGAGAAACACCACUCGUGGGUCAUGGUUUAUGCAGGCGUUGUGCUUGGAGUUGCGCGAAAAUGGCACUCGUUAUGACAUGUUGACUCUGCUGACAUUCGUAUGUCAACACGUCGCCAUAGACUUCGAAUCGAACGCGCCUGACAAUACAGCUAUGCAUCAACAGAAACAAAUUCCAUGUAUUACUUCUAUGUUGACACGUUUGGUAAGGUUCACUCCUUCUAAUAAUGUCCGUGUAUAGUCUGCAAUGCGAAGUAAGUAAUUAUCUACUUACUAAUUAUAUGUAUACAAACCGGCAUAAUAGUCUUAACGAUGUCAUACAACCAAAUUUAUAGGAUAUUCUUAUCCUACACAUUAUUUAUUUAAAGAAAUGAGAGAAUAAUAUAUCUCAAAGCGAUAUAUUUUUUACAAUAAUAGCACAUUAAUGUCCAGAAACAAAUAUGAACAAUUAGAAAAUACUAAUAGCCUGAUUAUAGUGUUAAGGCUGUGCUGCUGGAUUGUGUACUCACAGUACACAGGUCUAAUCAUCUCUCAAAGUUGCUAGCGAUGAAAUAUACCAGUUUUACCUAUGCGCUGCACUUUGUCGAUACGAUAGCCGUGUAUUGUAUUCUGGGAACAGGAUAUAUCUUGUAUGUUUAGUAAUAUUACGAAUUAUCCGUGCAAGUACCAGAUUAACGUUUAAGUAUAGCGAUAUAAGAUAAAAGAUUCCUUUGUUUCAGUGAUAAGAUUUUGUACAUGAUAGUAUUUUUUUUCUUUUUAUCGUUUUUUAUUCUAUUUAUCACAAGAGAACAAAUAACUACUGCCACAAUUAUGCAUUUUUUUUUCAUGAUCUCAGUUUUCAGGCACAUACACUAUCAUGGCACAAAAGAAUUAUGUUAAAAAAAAUAUCAUUUCUUAAUCUUAUCUGAAUGUGUAGCACAAUUAUUUACGGUAAGUAUUAAAAUAUGAAAUACAAAAAUUAAGUAGAAAAU